AUGGCGCCAAUUCCUAUCACCAUUGUCACGGGCUUCCUGGGCUCAGGCAAAACCACGCUCAUCCUCAACCUGAUCCCUCAACUCCGCGCCCAGAACCCAGACUACAAACUCGCACUCCUCAAGAACGAAUUCGGUGAUCUCGCAGUCGACUCCCAACUAGCCGCAAACUCCGCCAUCUCAGGUGUCCAGGAACUCCUCAACGGCUGCAUUUGCUGUAACCUCGUUGGCCAGCUAGGCCCCGCGCUCAAAGAACUCGAAGACACCGUCACUCCCGAUCGAAUCGUUAUCGAGACCAGCGGCUCUGCUUUCCCCGCGACUCUCGCUCUCGAAGUGAACCGUCUUGCGCGCGAGUCCGGAAAAUAUGUCCUCGACGGCGUCAUCAGUGUUAUCGACGUCGAGAACUGGAAGGGCUACGAGGAUACGAGUUACACAGCCCGCAUCCAAGCCCGAUAUACAGAUCUAAUUGUCUUCAACAAGUGGGAGAACGUCAGCAUGCUACGAUACGACGAAUGUCUCGACCGAGUCGGCGAUUUGGAGGUAGAUGUUGCCAAGGUCAAGAGCGACAAGGGCAAGGUGUCAAUAGACCUGGUUUUUGGCGUUGAUGGAGGCCUUGCGCAAAAGUUGACAGAUAAUGACAUCGAAAAGACAAACGGGCACAGUCAUGAUCACUCCAACGGCACACCAAACGGUCAUUCCCACAACCACCAGAGCGAAGUCGAAGUCCUCUCAGUCGUUCUCAAAGCCGAUUCCUCAGCGCGCAUCUCGACAGAAAAGCUUCUCGCCUUCCUCUCCUCCGCACCCAAAGACGAAGCCUAUCGUAUCAAGGCCCUUGUAUCGCUAUCAUCGACGCCGACAAACUCGGACCCGGACGUCCCCAAGCCAGAGCCCAGUGCAUCAGGCCGAUAUAUCCUCAACUGGGCGUUCGGCCGCUGGACGUUCACACCCGUUGCGGAAGCACUGCAGGAGCAUGACUCGAGCAGCGAUGUCACACUACGCAUGACGAUAAUUUUUGCGCGCUAUGAGAGCAACAAGUGGAAGAAGAGGCUCGAGGCUGGUGGUUUGAUAGAGCUCGAGGGUGGAGAUUCCAGUGGGUUGACCGUUACGAAGAUUCUAUAG